UUUUUUUUUCCUCCACUGUACUGAAGUCGCUCGCUCCUUGUUCCUGUACAAGUGCUAGGUUUGUGAAAGUGAAGUGAGUCAGUAGUCUUUUUGAAGCUGACGGACUGUUUGUACAAAUAAUCGAGCAGUGGUAAAGUGCGCUUUUUCGUUGGGACAUGAAACAUGUCGUCCCUCUCCCUACCGAGAGUUCUGCAUCAGCGCAAAACGAGCCUUGAGCUGGAGAGGGAACAGUUCGAGAAAGGGCAAGCCACGAGCAUCAGCAAGGCCAUAAACGUGAUCGAGAACCCAGUGAAGGAGAAGCAUGUACGGAGCACCAUCAUCGGCACCUUCCACGAGAAGGGCGCCAACACCUUCUGGGCGUGCGCGCUGCGCCUGCCGCUGCAGGAGAACCGCAUCGUGGCGUGGAAGUUCUGCCACGUGCUGCACAAGGUGCUGCGCGAAGGACACCCCCAGGUGCUGGGCGACUCGCAGCGCUUCCGGCCGCGCCUCGACGACCUGGGCAAGCUGUGGGUGCACCUGCGGGAGGGCUACGGCAAGCUGAUCCAGCUGUACUGCCAGCUGCUCAUCUCCAAGCUGGACUUCCACCGCCGCAACCCGCGCUUCCCCGGCAACCUGCAGGUCACCAAGGAGGAGCUGGAGAGCAUCGGCGAGAACGACAUCAACAACUAUUUCCAGAUGUCUGUCGAAAUGUUUGAUUACAUGGAUGACAUCUUGAAUCUGCAGUCAGCAAUAUUCGGGUCGCUGGACAUGUCGCGCUCCAACUCCAUGACGAGCUGCGGGCAGUGUCGCCUGGCCCCGCUCAUCCCCUGCAUCCAGGACUCGUCCCGGUUGUACGACUACUGCGUCAAGAUCCUCUUCAAGCUGCACGCCAGUCUGCCCCCGGACAUCCUGGCCGGACACCGGGAGCGCUUCCUCAAGCAGUUCAAGGAGCUGCGGCAGUUCUACCUCAACGCCAACACCAUGCAGUACUUCCGCACCCUCAUCCAGAUCCCGCUGCUGCCCGACGCCCCGCCCAACCUGCUGAUCCAGGCGGAGCUGCGCAGCUACGUGACGCCGGUGGUGGUGCUGCCCCCCGAGCCGCAGCCCCAGGAGGAGGUGGACGGCCAGCUGGUGGACACCUCGGACUCGGGGUCGCUGGUGGAGCUGGCGGAGCUGGCCCAGCGCAACGGCUCCGUGUCCCCGGACCUGCUGCAGGAGAGGGACAGCCUGAUAGAGCAGCUGCAGGGGGAGAGGGUGCGGCUGAGGGAUGAGCUGCUCCGGCUGACCCAGGAGCACCAGGCGUCCUCGCAGCGGCUGGCUGACCGGAUGCUGGAGCUGGAGACGCAGUUGGCCACCAAGGAUAGCGAGCUGAUGCAGGAGCGCCAACUGAAGGAGGACUUGAUGCAGCACACGGAGGUUGCAGCACGCUGCCAGGAAACUGAAGAGAAGCACCGGGCCGUGGAGGCCAAGUUCCAGAAGCUGAAGGAGGUGUACACCAAGCUGCGAGACGAGCACGUGCAGCUGAUCAGGCAGAAGGCGGAGGUGGUGAGGCAGCUGGAGACGGACCGGCUGGCCGCGCUGGCCGCCCAGGCGGCGCUGGACGCACGGCUCCAGGAGGUCUCGCUGGAGAAGUCGCUUGCCCACGAGACCUUGCAGCGGUCCGGCGACCUGGAGGGGGAGUUGCAGUCCGUGCGCGCUGUGCUGCUGACCGCACAGGCUGACGCGGAGGCGGCCAACAGCAGACUCCAGUUCGUGUCCCAGGAGAAAGGCGUGCUGGAAAGCGAGCUGCAGGACCUCCUGGCCCAGAAGGAGGCCUUGGAUGUGCGGCUGCGAGAGCGAGAGGAGCGCCUUGCCAGUGCUGACGUCGCCUCGGAAGGCUUCAAGACGCGCUUGCAGCAGUUGUUUGAGACAUGCCUGGCCACUGCGGAGUCCAUCGUCAAGAAGUCCGUGGCACAGGUGGGCGACCCAGCCCUGUCUGCCCUCAAAGGCUCUCCAGACUACCUGCGGGGCCUGGCGGAGCCGCUGGAGCUCGCCCUGGGGGAACUGGCGGCCAGCCACGACUCGUACCGCCGGGACCCCGCGGCGGGGGUGGACGCCGUGUCGCGCAACGCGGUGCUGCUGUCCCACCUCGUCGCCGACUACCUGCUGCACGGACGAGGCACCGCCAACGUGUCCCCGGACAUUGAGCUGGGAGAGCGGCUGGAGCAGGCGCUGCGUGCGCUGGGGGCGGACGUGCUGGGCGCGCUGGGCGCCGUGCGGGGGAGCGGCCCCCUGGACCUGGGCCCGGUGCGGGCACGCCUCGGGGAGCUGCAGGGCCUGGUGGGCGGGUUGGCCAGCCUGCUGGCCGGGCACAGCCAGGAGCGGGUGGCAGACCUGGUGGAGCGCGAGCUGGCCGACAUGGACAAGGCCAUAGAGGAGGCUGCCCGCUCCAUACAGGAGCUGCUGAGGAGCUCGCGGGCGGCCGACUCGGGCAUCAAGCUGGAGGUGAACGAGAAGAUCCUGGACUCGUGCACCACCCUGAUGCAGGCGAUCCGAGCGCUGGUGCAGAAGUCCCGGCUGCUGCAGGCCGAGAUCGUGGCCCAGGGCAAGGGCACAGCAUCGGCCAAGGAGUUCUACAAGCGCAACCACCAGUGGACGGAGGGCCUGAUCUCCGCAGCCAAGUCCGUGGCCGUGGGGGCCCAGCUGCUCUUGACGGCGGCGGACGGCGUGGUGAGCGGGCAGGGCCAGUUCUCGCGCCUGGUGGUGGCGUCCCAGGAGAUAGCGGCCAGCACGGCCCAGCUGGUGGUGGCCAGCCGUGUCAAGGCGGAGCGCCACAGCCCCAACCUGGGCGCGCUGGCCCAGGCGUCGCGCACUGUGACGCAGGCCACCGGCACGGUGGUCGCCACGGCCCAGUCCUGCUCCGAGCUGGUGCAGGAGAGCGACGACCUGGACGUGUCGGGGCUGUCGCAGCACCAGGCCAAGCGCCUGGAGUACGAGUCGCAGGUGCGCGUCAUCGAGCUGGAGACUUCGCUGCAGCGCGAGCGCGAGAGGCUGGCGGCGCUGCGCAGGCACCACUACCGGCUGGCGGCCGACGACGGCGAGCCACAGGACGCCCCCAGCCCUGUGUGAGCGGGAUGUGCCCCCUCCAGUCGAACAAGUUAACCAGUGUACAGCCUCCAGCGUCUCCGGCUAUCAGCACACAGUUCUGUGUGCGAAGAGCUAGGGCCUACUCUACUUCGCAGUUCUUGUACCACAUCCAUUCAUUACUGUACUUCGGUUGGUACAGUCACGCCAACAUUCGAAGUUCAGAUUUUCAAGACUGGAAUGACUCUGAGUGCACUGCUGUGAGAACUAUACCGUCGACAUCCGGAGUAACAAGUACAAUUAGAUGUGAGAAAUGCAUGUUACAUAUGUCGCAAACUAUAAUAGGUAUUUGAUUAACCAUGAUAGUGUAAUACAUAAUUGUUUGUACUUAUAAUUUUUGUGUCAUCCAUAUUUAUUUUGAUAUGUUAAAUUGGUGUUUUCAUACUUCAAAAUAUUAACUACUGAAAAAAAUUAGAACUUAACACAACAAUUGACUUUCAAGAGGUACUGUCGCCUAUUAAAAUGUAAAUUUUGUGAUGCAUAUAGUACAUGAUAGGUGUAAGUGAGGUAAAAUUUCGGGGAAUACUUUUUGUUAGUGACAAUUUUGGUGCCAGGUGCUAGCUAGUUUGCUUCAUCGAGAUUCCUUAAGGAUUCCAUUUCUGGUGUCAACUGCUGUAACUCGAGCAUUGCUGAGUUUUGAUCUCUUCCACCCUUAGGCCUUGCCUUUUUGCAAUUUGCAUAUCCCUCAUUGAAUUUAGUUACCAUUGGGCCAGUUACGUUCUAGGUGUGCCUUUUUAUAGACUCAUUGACUGAUUUUUUUUCCCAAACUUUGUAUAGUAUGUCUAGCUUUAACAAGCACCUGAUGAUGAAGUGAUCAAAAAAUAAUCCAGAGCGUAUCUGUAUGCAAACCUAUGAUAAAUGAUGUUGCAGAAUUUUUUUUUAUUGUAAAACAAAACUAGUUUCAAGGUAAACAGAAGUAGGUAUUUGGUUUUUGUACUCACAAAGGCAGUUGAGAUGCUUGACAAGAAUUCAGCGAUUUCAGUACAAUUUUCGUAAUUUUUCCCUGCUAGCCUAAUGCUUCUAGUCGCAAGUAACUUGAGUUCUGCGACAAGUUUUCCAGAGUCGGGAGUAGAAGUCAUCAGACCAAUUGAAAUCCAAUAAGUCAUCAGACCAAUUGAAAUCCAAUUUAAAUUUAAGCCAGCAUCACCACUUUGUGUUUAUCUAGUCGCCAUUCUCGUGAUCACACGGUUCGUUUGCAUUUACGAGCUCUGUGUCGUCACCGCAGGCCAACGAAACCGCAAGUGUUUAUGAACAACGAUGAAACUUUGUGUGUUGCUAUUGUUUCCCUCAAAAAAUUACAUAGGUAAUUGUAGCCAAGUUAAGUGCAUUUCUGUUAGUUUUUCUUCUUAUUUAUUCCAUGUUCCUUCAAUAAAGCACUGCUUGUUCAUUUUAUUUAUAAGCUACCAAAGUGCCACCAUAAUCACAAAAGAAAAUGGAUUCUUGGACAGAUGUCAGAUGCAAAUUUUUUUUUACAUUAUAACAAGAGGUCAGUAGUAUAGUGCAUGCCUACUGUUCUCAUGUUGUAAUCUGCUACCAGCAGCCAUUCUCUAUUGGCGACUGCACUAAACUCACACACACCCUGUCUUGCACAUUUUCAACUGGAAACAUAUCGGAGCAAGAAAUACUUGAAACCUUUCUUGACCCUGAGAAAACACUUGGCAAGAAUUGAAGUGUGUCGAGGUUGGCUGGACUGCACGUACGUGGAGUUCCACGCCAUUUUACAUCGACUUGUCGCUUGCCUGCUAUUUGUGCAUUGUGUUGCAUACUUUACAAGCGUGCCUUCACUGCACCGACAUUGUAGUCACGUGAAUGCACUUCCGUUAGUAGCGUCCGUUCCGGCAAGUCUGUGAGGGAAAGACAUGCAGGUAAGUUACUCGCGUGUUAAGAGUGUGGUUCUACAUUAAUGUGCUGUCAGAUCAGAGUCAAGGAAACCAUGUUAAAUAUUUAUGCUGCGUUUCCAAGUGUUGAACUCUGGGUCGACACUGGCUGGACUGUUCAGCAUUAUCUGAGGCAGCUGUUCACAUUGUUAGCUUACAGUCAAUCAUCUAAUUCACUAAGUCGCAUUAACAUUUUACUGUAUGUGUGUUUUACAAACGUUUUUAUUACUUCAUUUUGAUGAGAGAAAAGACUACAGUUUGUACAAUUAAGUGGUAUAAUCAUUGAACUUUUUUUUUUUGCUCUGUAGAUAACUCAGUUUCAAGUAUUUUAAGUAAAUCAGGUGUACUUUGUAUACUAUACACCUGAAGUAACAUCAUUAAAGUUAUUUAUCUUUCACUUGCGGAAAAAAAUCCCAGAAAAUUGUAAUUAUAACUGCUUAGUUUUUUCUUAUAGAUAGAAUUUUGUUAAAUAAUUGUGUACAGCGUAAUAAUUUUAUCAUUUUAUGUAGUUACUAUAUUUGUAACUUUAUUAUUAAUAAAUAUAUUUACAA